UACCAAUCUAUAAAACCUAUAGCAUAGCUACUAAUACUAAUCUGUUCUGUGUGUUGAUUGUUGUUAUUGAUUAUUUUGAAUUAUAAACGAGGAAUAUAACAGAUUAAAACAUUUUCUAUUUUUUUGUUAUACCUAAUAUAAAAUGAACGCAGCAAUUAACAUUGGUGUGGAAGAUAUGACUGCAACAAUAGUUAGAUAUGGUUUAUAUUUAGGAGCAGUUUUUCAAAUAAUUUGUCUUGCAGCUUGCAUUUUCAUGCCACUUUCAGCAGAAGAUAAUUCUUGGGGUUCUAGAGUAGACAGUGAUGAUGAAAGUUCUGAACAAAGUACACCUCAGAAUACUCCUCGAAGGCCCCAUCAUAGAAUCCGAAAGCAGGAGAAAAAGAAAAGACGUUAAUCUAAAUCUAAUUUGAUGAUUUUCUGUGAUUAUUAUUUCUUGACAC